AAAGAAAACACGCAAAACGCUUGACAUUUCGUAAAUUCCCGCGCAUAUCGUAAACAUUCAGGUGCGAACAACUUCGUAUUUGAUAAAGGUUUUGCUCUUCUAUUUCUCGAAAUUACAGACCAGUUUGCAAAAAAAAAGUAAGAUUAAUACGCUUAUUGGUUCGGUUAAAGUGAUACCGUGAAUUAAACACAAGACUGCAUUGGAUUGGAAAUUGCCGUAUUCAGGAAAAAACAGGAAAACAUCCAGAGAAAAAAAAAUGAGCUACAGCGGAUUGUUGACCACCGGAUGCAUCGCCGAUAUAAUGCGCGGCUCCGAGUUGGAGAAACCGGUGGUACAGAUUCUGGGAUCGAAACGGAUUGCCGGUGGCGGCGAUCAGUCCGAACGGUAUCGACUGUUGAUCUCCGACGAGCAGUACCUGUACAGUUUUGCCAUGUUGGCCACCCAGCUGAACGGUCUGCACCAGAACGGCCAGUUGGCCGAGUUCACGGUCAUCCGAAUCGACCGUUACAUCACCUCUAUGGUGAAUCGCAACGAAAAAUCCGAAAAGCGAGUGCUGAUCAUUUUGGACUUAACCGUGGUCAAACCGGGCGCUACGGUCGGGGAGAAGAUUGGCAAUCCACAGCCGUUGACGGAUCUGGGAGCUGUCGGCACUAACAGCGGAGGUGCUGGCUCCGCUGUUCCGGCUAGGACGGAGUCUGCCGGAAGUAUCAGUAACGGAUCUGCUUACCAGAAUCGAUCGGUGGCCAACACGAGCCACACUUCAACAGGUGGCGCCACCCCCUCGCUUCAGGAUACUUUGACUCAUCCCAUCAACUCGCUUAGCCCGUAUCAGAACAAGUGGGUCAUCAGGGCCCGUGUCAUGACCAAAUCGGGCAUCAGAACCUGGAGCAAUGCCAAGGGGGAGGGUAAGCUGUUCUCGAUGGACAUCAUGGACGAAUCGGGCGAAAUUCGAGUCACCGCUUUUAAAGAGCAGUGUGAUAAGUUCUUUGACAUGAUUGAAGUAGACAAGGUUUACUACAUUACCAAGUGUCAGCUGAAGCCGGCUAAUAAGCAGUACUCUGCGCUGAAGAACGAUUACGAGAUGACCAUGACGAACGAAACCUUGAUUCAGGAAUGCAAUGAUGCGGAAAUAGCGAUGCCAACAAUUCAGUACAAUUUUGUUCCCAUUUCUCAAAUUGCAAACAUGGAGGCGAACGCCCUGAUUGACGUUAUUGGCAUUUGUAAGGAAGCUGGAGAGGUGGUACAAUUUACGGCCAAGACAUCCGGUCGCGAGCUCAAAAAGCGUGAUAUAACAUUGGUGGAUAUGAGCAACGCCGCGGUUUCCCUGACGUUAUGGGGCGAGGAAGCCCAGGGCUUCAGUGCAACGAACAAUCCGGUGUUAAUGAUCAAGGGCGCACGUGUGAACGAAUUCGGGGGUGGCAAAUCGAUCGGACUUGUUUCUAGCAGUGUGAUGAAGACCAAUCCUAACUCAGAGGAGGCUUUCAAAAUAACCGGCUGGUAUCGAAACGGUGGCUGCAACAAUGUUAUUAACAGUGUAUCAACCAGAACAGGGACCGGCUCGGGUUUCUCCACCGAAUGGAUGACAUUCCACGAGGCCAAGGAAAAGAACCUGGGCAACGGCGAUAAACCGGACUACUUCCAGGUAAAGGCCCUCAUUCACAACAUCAAAUCGGGCAAUGCCAUCUACAAGGCAUGCCCACAAGCGGACUGUAACAAAAAGGUUGUCGACCAGGAUAAUGGCCAGUUCCGUUGCGAGAAGUGUAACUCCGAUUUUCCGAAUUUCAAAUAUCGGCUGCUGGUUAAUAUGCUGAUCGGCGACUGGACCUCCAACCGAUGGGUGACCAUAUUUACGGAACUGGCCGAGCAAAUGCUGGGAAAAACUUCGCAGGAAAUUGGCGAGGCCUUGGAUUCACACACAGAGGAUGCGGAGCAAAUUUUCUCGUCGAUCAGCUUCCAGAGCUUUAUGUUCAAGCUGCGCACCAAAGUCGAAUUCUACGGAGACUCUGCGCGGAACAAGACUACAGCAGUCGCCGCCACACCGAUCAACCACAAGGAGUAUAAUGCCUAUCUGAUCAAGAACAUCCAGGAGAUGACCGGAAUCAGUAAGCAUUAGGAAGUGGAAUUAUCGUUGAAAAAAAAACAUUGAGUACACAUUCACAAAUCUCUUUUCCUAUAAUUAUUAUUUUUAAUCGUCUGUGUAAAAAUCGAUAUUCCUACAAAUACAAUUACAUUUAAAAAUUA